AUGUCCACUCGCUCGAUGCGACGAGCCCAUCCACCGACAGAGACAGAAUAUGUUGAUACAGAGGUCGCUAAAUUACAUGCGGCUACGGCUGCCGCACGAGCAAUGCGCUUGAGUGAAAGAUCUUCCAUUGAGUCCAAAGGUUCGUACGAUCGACUAGGCGGACCCGGCAAUGUGGCCAUUCCAGGAAGACGCCAAAACACCAGCUUGCAGUUAACAGAUGGCGGUCACUCCAUAAUUACACCAUUUGCCACCACUCCGAUGACACCUCGACAAUCGGAGAGGAACCCAGCUGCUCAAAUUCAUCACGAGAACCCGGCCGUGUUGCCACCAAUCGCGGAGUUUAAAGGGAUGGAUGGCCGGGACAGCUCGAUUCCUUCAUCUUAUCGCCGCCUACGAAGGGCCAAGUCCAUGUUUUCUACCAGACAGCGAUUGUCGCACUUGGCAUAUGGGAAGCCGCCCAUGCCCCAUGGCAGCUCCCCUGGUCCUGACUUCAGUCCAGAAUUUGCAAUGCCACGAACCUUGAGGAACUCAACAUCCUUUGUUCGUGGCAAUCAUGAAGUACCCCAUGCGAUUCGACAUGCCAAGAGCCAGGAUAUGGCCAUUCGGCUGGCUCGCAGUCAAUAUUCCGAGAAUAGCGGCAGCCCAGAAGUGCAGAACAGGCGCUCUUCAUUCUUGUUGUCCCGUCGCAAGAGGGAACACAAGCCAUUCCGGAAGACUUUUCGGACUCCAAGUGAUGCGAGCGGAAUGGAUCCAUCACCUGGGCAUUUUAGUUCGAGACUCUCUCAUGGCAAGUCCCGCACCUUUUCUGCGUCCAUCAAGCUUGGCCUGAAGCGUGUGUUUGGGUUCUCAAGGCACGUCGAGCAAGCCACUGAGCAGUCAGCUGAGCCUCCGAAUGAGCUCGGCCCUCGGAAUUUGUCAGAGAAUGUGAUUAAUACAGACGACAUCAGCUUGGCCGAUCAUUCUGAAGAUAUCCAUUAUAGCGGAGAUUCAAGCCCACUGCGAGUCAUACAGAAUUCUCCAAGUCGUGCUAGCCUUUGCACCAUAGAUUCACGCAAAACUAGCCGGACUACCUCAACUGCGGCGCCGACAGUGGCAGCACGAAGAAAAGGACAUCGGCAAUCACUGUCUUCGGUAGAGGAGCAUGGUGAUCCAAACGAGCAAUGCUCAGAUAUACCUGCUUGUGAUACUGGAAGCCGUCUGUCACCACCACGUAAGAGAUCUAGCACUCGCAAUGUGAACGGAUGGUUCAACACUCAGGAUCUAUAUACAGCCUUGAUGCAGCAAAUUGGACGAAAUGCUGCACAGAACCAAGAGGAGGUUGUGUUAGGUACUGUACCAGAACAUCGGGUAAUUCCAGAGCGUGCGUCUUCCGCUUACUCCCACCGCAGCUUACGUACUGUUCGCCGUGUUUCCAGCGAGGGGUUAGCGACCUCUCCCGAAUCAUUCGCAACUGCAAGAGGUGAUUCAUUAUCACCACAGAAAUACCCACGAUCUGCAGGGCAUUCUCGGCCACUCCGGGCUGGGGCUCGGGCUAAACUUGGACAAGAACACACCCGGCCUCGAAGCGCUUACUCGAAAGGAAAAUUGCCACACUCUGCAUAUAUUGUGGAUGAAGACUCGGAUGAGGAGACAGGGAGUGUGGUCAUUGCGCACUCUGAAUCAAUGAUGGAGCCAGUAUCUCCGACAAGUGUUUACUCACGAACGACUGGAGGUGAUACAUCGACCAAGAAUCUCAGCAUGUUAGCCGCGCCGAGUGCAGGUGAGCCAGGAAUAGCGACAAUUUUUGCUUCUGAACGAACUGCCUGGAGCUCACCAAAUCAUGUCAGUCGAUCCCGGCCUUCAAUGUCAAUGGUACACCCAAGUGCAGAUUGGCAGCAAUGGAUGAGCUCAGAGAUUGAAAGGAUCGAAAAUGCGAGUCCUACAAAGGAGCAUUUCCGGGAGGGUGCUCAAUUCCAGGAUGAAGAUGAAACCUUCACCGACAUGCUUCGACAAACAUCUCUUCCAGGCCAAGCGUUGAACAGUCCCUUAUACAGCACGGACGUACAAGAUGGAAAUCCACAGCUCCUAGCUGGUCCCACGUUGUCUCAGAGCAAUUACUCACGACCAUUCAGUCGGUCCUCCAGUGUGCGAACUAUUCUGUCUUCCCCAAAGAUUGAGCCGGAUCAGGCGACUAAAUUGCCUUUGAAUGAUGAGAUUGAUCUGACACUUCACCAAGUUCCAGCUGUACCAUCCUGGUCCAACGGUGUUGCCGAUUCACCUGUGUCUCCGAUGCGCAUCAGAACUAGCAACACGAUUCAAAUUCCCGAGUCACCCACUCCACCUCAGAGGAAUGGUCCCGUGGUAAUGAAACGAGCCUGGACUCAGGAGCAGGUCCGACGGUACUCUGCUCGACGGCCAAUGACGAAUGGGAAGCCAAAUUCAUUCCGUUCCAUGAGGUUACAGCGAGAUCUUCAGAACAAUGAAAAUACCAGACAAGGAGAGGAGCACGAUGAAAUGAUGGACGAGUAUCACAAGCUUCAGGAUAUUCAUUCCACCAUAUCCAGCAAGCGCAUGGUAGAUAUGUUUUUGAACACUCGCCGUCGCCAGAUGGGAAUGGGGACUCCAGCAAACGAGAACGAUGCGCCCACGACUGAUGAAUUUUUCAUUUGA